AAUAUUAUCGAAUAUCAAAAUUACAUUGGAACAAGUUAAUUUUACGUUUAUUGUGGUUAAUCAAUAAACUUAAUUGUUCUCAUUUUAAGGUUAGAUUGAAUUUCUUAUUGAUUUUUAAUUUUCCCUCACCAAAGUUGAAGAGGAAAAAAGUUGUUGAUUUUUACUUUUUCUGUCCAAUGUUUAUUUUCUGGCUAAUCUCAUUUAUUGAUUAUCGGUUUCAUUGAUAAUCAUUGAUUAAUCAAUUUCUCUCAUGUUCUCGUUGAUUGUUGUAGAUUCACACGUGAGAAAGAAAGUACAAUUAAAUUAAUCAGUAAAACCACUUGAUUUGUUUUUCGUUUUCUGUGACAAUCAUUUUCACCUUUUGCAAAGUAAAAAUUUCUCACUUUAGUUACCAUAGACUUUGCUUUUCUUUUUUAAUUGCUUGUUGUUAACUAAUUAUUUUCUUUGAUCAAUAAUUGAUAAUAAAUUCUAAUUGUCAGCUGUGUACACUCUUGUUCUCUGUGUUAACCUGUUCUUUUCUUUCUGUGAAUUUUUUCCUCGUUUUGUUUACCUUUUUUUUUGUGUUUUCUUUUCUGUUUCUUUCAUGUUGUUUUCAUCUUUCUCCCUUUGUCUCUCUUCACGAUUGUUAUUUUCUCCCAAUGGAUUGGUUACCAGGAAAUUUUCCUCUUUGUCUUCAUCUCGUCGUCUUCUAGAAUCAUCUCUGUGGUUUAAUAUGUCUGGUAGAAAUCAAAUGAGACCUUCAAGUGAUUUAACCAAAUUUCGUUCCAUUUUCGGUCAGUCUAAACAUAUAGUCGCCAUAACUGGUGCUGGAAUAUCAGCUGAAUCGGGUGUUCCAACUUUUAGAGGAUCGGGUGGCCUAUGGAGAACCUAUCGAGCCACCGAAUUGGCUACUCCAUCGGCUUUUGAACGUAAUCCAUCAUUGGUCUGGGAAUUUUAUUCAUACCGUCGGGAAGUGGUUCUAACAAAAUCACCAAAUGCCGCUCAUAUUGCUCUGGCUGAAGCCGAGACCCGAUUGGCCCAAGAAGGACGGAAACUGGUCAUUAUUACUCAAAACAUUGAUGAGCUCCAUCGGAAAGCGGGCAGUAGCAAUGUAAUUGAACUUCAUGGGACACUGUUUAAAACUCGAUGUUUAAAGUGUGGUGAUGUCUCGGCCAAUUAUGAUUCGCCCAUUUGUGAGGCCCUUCGAGGAAAAGGUAGCCCAGAUGCCGAUACCAUGGAAUCGGUUAUUAAAAUUGAUCAACUUCCUCAUUGUAAAAAGCCAGGCUGUCAUGGUCUCCUUAGGCCUAACGUUGUCUGGUUCAAUGAAUCACUUCACGAGUCUGAUCUCCGUCUCGCUGAACAACAACUCACUCAAUGUGACCUGGUUCUGGUUAUCGGUACUUCCUCAGCGGUCUAUCCAGCAGCAUCAUUGGCCCCAUCGGCUGCAGCCCGAGGUGUACCCGUGGCUGAAUUCAACAUUGAAGAAACAAGUGCCACCAAUGAUUUCGGUUUCCACUUCCAAGGUCCCUGUGGGAAAACACUUCCUGCCGCCUUAGCACCAUGACCAUAAUAAGCAAUAAAUGAAUCCAAAUCAAUUCUCAGAUGAUCAACUAUAACAAUAAUCUAUUGGUGAAUAAUUAACACUAAUCAUCUUCCUUAAAUUGCCAUAUCAAUCGCCUAUCAACUUGAUCGGUGAUAAAUGACUUCCAACAAGUACACAAGUGCUAAUUGUGGAUUUGUUUUCCGCUUUUCUAUUUUUUUCUUCUAUUCCUUAAUUGCUUCUUGUCACUUCUAUUAUUUUCUAUUAAUCAAUUUCUAUUUGUUUAAA